GUUUCCAUCAGCGCGAGUGACAGUCGUGGUGCUGAUCCUGGUCCCGCGAUUAUCGAUUGAUUCGCGUAAUCCUGCCAAGUGCGAAAGAAAAAUCAUUUCGUGUUUUCAUUUUCUCCGGUGGAUCCCGUUCCAAAAGCAAGCCGUCAAAAUUGUGUGGACAAUGAGCGAGUCGGGCGUACGCCAGCGGAAGAAAAGUUCCGGCGGCGGCGGCGAUGGGAAGCCUCGGAAGGUGAAGGUUCCCCAGAGCAGUUCCGGUCAGGUUUCGCAAGCGCAACAUCACCGGAUGUGGGCACGGCUGGUGCUGAUUGUGGGGAUUUGCGUUGUUGUCUACUUUACUACCUUCCGAACCAGGGAAAAGAAGUUUGCGACGCAGCGCGAGACGCUGGAACUACGUUCGCAAAAGUUGGACUGUUCGAAGCCAUUCUUUGAGGAAAUCGCCAAAUACUCUGGUUGCAUUCCGGCGCACUGUGGGCGAUUCGUGAGCGACAAGAUCGUUGGCGGUGCCGAGGUUGACAUUCUGUUAAAUCUUGCCAAGCAGGGCUUCCGCUUCGGAGGAAGUUCCGGUGGUGCUUCCAUAUUGGACCUUCAUUCGGGGGCUCUCUCGAAGGAAAGCCAGUUUGUCAACAUCUACAAGAUUCCGGAGGCAAAGCAAAUCUUCACCGCGGAACUCAUCAACACCUACAAGCAUGUCAAGGAAAAAGUUCGCGAAGCGGUCAGCGAACAGUUCAAACUCAACAAAGAUUCCCUGCACCUGACCCAUCCGACGUUUUUCUCGCGCCUCACCAACGAAACGGCCAAAACCAUCCACGAUGAAUACUGGCACCCGCACGUGGACAAGGAAACUUGGCCGGCCUUCCACUACACGACGCUGCUAUACCUGGCGGAUUACGGCAGGGACUUCAACGGUGGCCGCUUCGUGUUCAUCGACAGUGACGGUAAGCACAACAAAACGAACGUUUACAUCGAACCUAAGCGGGGCCGCGUCAGUGGGUUCACCUCCGGGGCCGAGAAUUUGCACCACGUGGAGCAGGUUACGAACGGGAUGCGGUACGCGAUUACGAUCUCCUUUACCUGUAACAGUGAACAUGCCAUGGCCGAUCCGCAGUUCUUCAUCGAGGAAGAUGAAGAACCUUAGACACGCUUCCGAAAAUUUAAAAAGUUUCGGUGUUGUUUAAUUUGAUAGAUGCACUUUUUAUGAUUUCGUUUGCAGUAUUUUCAAACUAGAGAAUUUUAAUUUAAACGCACUUUACCAAACUACAGUAUAGAAUUAAAGAACAAAGAGCACC